GCGACGUGGACAGGUCAUUCAGAUGCGCCAGCGCGUCAUUUGCUGCAACGCAAUCCCAGCCAUCCCGAACUCCCAGUAUUCCCGGCGUCAUGUACCGUUAUUCCUCCAUAUCAGCCGUCUGACCUACUGAACAGAAGUUGAAGAACUGCUGCUGAUAUUAUGGACGGAAUUCCAACAUGAACUGAAGUUCAUUUAUUUGAUAAGAAGCGCUGCGUGGUGUGCAGCAUUCGUGGACAGUGGUGUGGAUGUAGCAAUGGUGCUGGAUCUGAGUGAAAACUGCAUGGAGCAGGCUAAUGGAGGAGGGCUCGCAAAGAAUGUCUCAGAAAUGUUAGAACCAGAGCCCAGCACAGAGAAACCCAAACCUAUCAGAGCCAGGACCAGCAGUAUCACCCAAAGAGACAAAUCGACCCGCAAUGGGCCUCAUGCGCAGCCUUGUACCACUUGGGAUGGCUGCUCCCAAGUUCAGCGAAGGCUCCAGAAGACGGAAGGUAGAAAUAAAGAUGAAGCUGCGCAGCCAAGGGAACCUUCCAAACCCCCACCUUAUCGAAGGCCACUUAGUCUGGAAAUAAAACCACAGCGAAUUAGAGCAACGCAGCCAGUGCAGAAGGUGAUACAGCCACCGUGGCGUAGUGGUGGCCCUUCUCCACCCAUGCGAAGCCUGACAAGCCUUAGUUUGGGGCCAGGAAACUGGCUUCGCCGGAGUGAGAGCACAUGCACAAUGAACUCCACGACAGCCCAACGUGCUGGCAGGGGUCAAAUGAGGCCUGCAACCUCCUUGCCAUAUAUUGCCAGGGGUAUGGCAUCACUUCCUUCGCCUUCAACACCUCGUGGGCCAUGUCUGCUUGUGGCUCUUCGUCCCAUAAACCUGGAACAGGAGCGUCAGACCUUUUUUCAGUCUAACUAUCAGUAUGAGCCCCAGUUUGAGUAUGCCUCCCUAGAGCCCAUCAGUGUUUUGGAGAAGUACAGAGAGGGCUCCAGUCUCUUUCUGUCCCAGGCAGUUGGGAUUAUGGAGUGUGUGUUGAGGAAGUAUGAGACCUAUGAAAACUUUGAAGAAGUCACAGGGGGCAGCUUGCUACCGAAGAGUCAAGUGUGGGCAGCCACACGCAAGUACCUACAGAAGGAGGGCUGUGUUGGUGAGUCACUCCCAGGCACACAUUACUUACGGGGUGUGAAUAACAGCAUGCAGCCAUGGGCCACUUCUGUUGGGAGAAAGCAGUUUGGACUGAAACCGGCUAAUCCUACUGAAGAGGGGCUUGCUAGUCUUCACAGUGUGUUGCUGCGGAAACAGCCCUUCCUGUGGCGAGCCGCUCUGCUAUACUAUACUGUAUACCAUGCCACAAACAUGAGCUUCAGCCAACUGUUCAGCCAUAUUGCUCGCUUUGUCCAAGAUCCUGCUGUACGUUGGGAAUACUGCCUCCGCGCCAAACGAGGACAGACAGAUACCUCGAAACCAGGUUGCUUCAGUAAAGAUCAGGUCUACCUUGAUGGAAUUUUAAGGAUUUUACGCCACAGGAGAAACAUUGAUUUUAAGAUAUUAACCGCUCUUGGCAAGGUUUCCUAUGAAGAUGUGGACAGACUUCGGCAUUUGGCUGUUCUAAAUGGAACUAGGAUUCCUCACUUCAUGCAGGAUGAAGAUCGUUAUCUUCAACACCUCGACCACAUUGUCGCAGUGAAUGAACUGAGCGAUGCAGAGCUUCAAGAGCUCAUUCCAUGAAGAGUUGCAAAAAAAUAUCAAAACCUUUUUUUUUCCCCAGGCCAAAAAAAUUGCAUCUGAUUGAUAUAAUUUUGGAUGGUUUUUCAUGAAAAUGUGAUCCUUGAUAAUCAUCCAUAGAAAGAAUUACAUACAGCUUGGUUGUGUCCAAUGAUUGUUGUAGUAUUUUGCUACAUUAAUUGCCAUAUUACUCAGCAAGUCUGUUUACAAAUACAAUGAUUGUCUGUUUUAAAUCCAUAUGACUCUCAGGCAUGAAAGACAUGUUUGGAUUCUUGCAAACUUAAGAUAUGUUCGGAAUGGCAUACUACCAUACUCAUGCAAUUUGUUUAGUAUACUGUGUGCACUAUGCAAAUUUUAUGAAUACAUAAAUGUAGUACAUUAUGCCAAAGUCUGCAGUACUGUAAUGCAGUGGGCUUGACUUAACCUUCUGUUUCCAGUAUUAUGACCGAACCAAAAGAUUUCUCGCUUGAUUCAUUAGCUGAUUAGACUGAACAAAAUAAGAUAUAAAUGCAAAAUAGUUGUAAUUAUUUCAGAGUUGACAAUUGGAUGUCACGUGUUGAUUUAAACAUGCAUCGUAAGACAACAGAAAAUUGCCUUUCAUACUGUUUUUAAUUGACUACAUUGUAUGCAGUAACUAGUAUUCCAUUCCGAACACCACCAUACUCAAGAUGAAAGAUGGUCAUGUAGUAUUUUAACUGCACUCAUAAUGUAAUGGGCUCAUCCCAACAUGCUAGUUAUUGAUAUCUGAACACAAGGCAGAACUAUGUGAGCACUAAAUCAAAUGAUUUACCCUGACAGUAUUUAUAUGAGAAUUCACACGUGAACCUAUGAGCACUUCAUUAAUUACCUGUUAGGUUCUUCUACUAGUUUUUCAGUUUCUCUAUUUAUUUAUUGUUUACCUCUUGUAUUCAUGUUAAACACUGAUUGUCUGUGGUAUUAGCUUUAUACACAAGUAGCAAACGCAUUUUUUCCCCUUCAACUUAGUAUAGCAAGCAAUGCAAAAAGACACCAAGGCUGACUCAUUUCAACAAAACAUUCAUUGAUAACCUUAUGAAAAAGAAAAUUACACUAAUGAAAAAACUGCCCCCUUUGACACAAUUUUUCUACAUCAGGGCUUAUGAAAUGCUAGUAUUCUAUCUAGAGAUAAUCAGUGUUCCUCUGAGGGCGCCCUUCGUGGUCUUUAAUACCUGUGCUAAUGUGAUGCGACACCUUUGUAGGAGAGUUGCCACUGCAACCUCUGCUUUUCGUACUUGUUUAAAAGCAGUCCAGCUGGCCAGCUUCCUCACUGUGCAUAUUGAGAUUGUGAUGGACUCAGGAAGAA